GGAGCUUAGAUGCAGGCCGAUCUCGAUAGGUCGGUGCGGCGGCGUCAGGAUUCUUCUGAUCGGCAGAUCAUGUCCCCGCCGGCGCAGCUGCCGGACGACCUGAUCCACUACAGCAUCCUCUCCCGCCUCCCCUUCCGGCUGCUCCUCCGCCUCGCCCCCGUCUGCAAGGCGUGGCGCCACCUCAUCCUCCACGACCCCGUCUUCGCCCGCGUGCAGACGCAGUGCCCCUCGCCGGCCUCCGGCGUCCUCGCUCGCUUCCACAAGGGCCGGAUCGAGGUCCUCACCCCCGGAUCCACAUCCGCCGCCGUCGCCCCGCCCGACGCCUCCCUCUCCUUCUUGCCCGUCGUCGACGCGCACCGGCAGUACCUCCGGCUCUGCUCCACCACGAGCGGCCUUAUCCUGAUCACGACCGGCAGCACCUUCUGGGUCGUCAACCCAGCGACCCGCGCGUUCCGCGACGUCCCCUACGCCGGCGAGGGCGCCUUCAGGGCGUCCCUCGCGUACGACCCGGCGACGGCGCACCAGGAGAGCUACCACCUCGUCGUCCCUGCCCGGCAGAACCUGGAGCUGUGGAGGUUCUGGAUCUUCUCCUUCUCGUCGCUGUCGCGCGGAUGGCGCGCGUCGUGGGCGACCGUGCGGAUGCCGCCCUACAGCUAUGUGCACCCGAAGGCUUUAUACCUGGGCGGGCUCUCGUACUGGCUUUGCGACCGGGACGACGUGCUCUGGUACAACUACGGCGCCGACGCGGCGGGCAAGUUGCCGCCGCCUCCGCACGGGAAGAAGAGGCCGUCUUCCCUGCUUGACGGAGGAGGGUACAUGGAGGGAAACGGAGAGCUGGUGGCGUGGCACGGGCGGAUCGGGAUGGUGUCAGCGAGCGCCGCCAUGCUCGCCGUGUGGGCUCUAUCAUCGCCGCCCUCUGGCAGUGCGUCGCCGCCGGCGCGGUGGGAGAUGGUGCACCAGAGGAGCUGGGACGAAAUCCCUGGCAUGGCGCCCCCGGUGUCGCGCUUCCUAUGGUCGGUGGUGCCGGCGGGAGUGGACGUCGGCGCAGAGGGGGUCUUGGGCCCGGCGGUGCGGAUCGGGUACAGGCAGCGCGGCUGCGUGGGCGGUGGUGACAACGAGAAUGCGUGGCGUCGCGAGGUGUUGCGGUACGACAUGCGAACCGACGCCACGACCACGGUGGCGGAACUGUUCGGGAGGGAGAAGCACGACGACUUCGUGGUCUUCGGCUACCACUCCAGCAUGGCGCCACUGUACUAGCUAAGUAAAGCUCUCCAUGGAUCUCAAGGUUCCUUCUGACAAUAAUUUUGAUGGAAUUCGAUCAUCAAUUCAUCAUCGCAGGAUGCCGGAAAUAUUAUCUUGCCAAGCAAGAAAAAAAGAGGAAGAACAUGACCCUCCAAGCCAAGGAUCAGCCGGAGUGCGAAGCUUGUUAUCUAGAAGCGCUCGAGUUUGACAGUCGUCAGCAAGAGUACUUUUCCGACCAGGAGUGAGGUCACGAUCUACGCUCAGUGAUAUGACCCGGAUUCAGAUGGACUCUACUACUUUUGAAGCUUCUGCUAGUCUUUCUUUAGUUAUCUCAUGAGUUUGGCCUUCAGCCUCUUUAUUGUAAUAAAGUACUCGAUAUGAGAUCCGAUUAAUAAAGUUGUGUGAUUGAACUCUUG